UAUAAUUUUUAUAAGCUUUAACAUAUAAAAAUUAUACACCAAAAUUAUCCGUUGCAAAGAGAACACCUACACUACACUAGCACUAAACCCUUCGUCUCUGUAUAUAUCUCUUCCCCACAGUACUCCCCGCCAUAUCCAAGGGUUUCAAGGUGGAAUACACCUCUGUAUCUAAUCAUGGUGACUCAGUUAUCUCCUAGAGCCGCUGAAUCUUACCAAAACUCCCCAUCCUCCUCACAAACACUCUUCCCCGAUCGAACUUGUUGUUUCUGCCUACCCUACCGGUGGCGGAAAGUUCCGUCUUCGGAGGAGGAGGACGAUUACAAUAAAUCGAACGGAACCCUGUGGUCACGAGGAAUCGCCGCCUUGAUGAAGGUUCGUGAGUGGUCGGAGAUCGUUGCCGGUCCACGGUGGAAGACGUUCAUACGGCGGUUCAAUCACAACAAGAGCUUCGGUAAACAAUCUUCCAAGUUCCAGUAUGAUCCGUUUAGUUACGCGCUUAAUUUCGACCAAGGACCAUUGCAAAACGGAGAUCCGGAGGCGGAGAACGAGUACAUGAUCCGUAAUUUCUCAUCACGUUACGUGUUGCCGCCGCCGUCGACGAUUCCGGUUAUUGGCAAAACGCCGGUGGAUAUGCGGUUGUGGUGGUUCGCACCUCUUGGACAUCAACAAACCCUAGUCGAAGGUUUCUUUCUUGCCCUCAACAGGGUUCCAGAUGCAGAUUCUUGGGAUGGAUUGAUCCUCCAAUGUGUGCAAGAUUUAUGCUGAUAAUACCCAGAUUAUUGAGAAAUAUCAACAAUGCAAACUAUCAAGUGGCAAAACUGAAGAUGUGUUUGUUUGCAAGUUGCUUACUAUUUGUGGUGGCUUGGGUGUUUUUUAUUUAGGAUUUAGGAAUUAGGGACUCCUGUAGUUGAAUGGAAUUUUUGGAGUUUUUGGAUUAUGAUAUUGUAACAGGGGAAUGUGGUAGUUUUUUGCUAUUUGAUAUUGUAAUAUCGAUUUAGGGUUAUUUUGGACAACUUUAGAAAUGUGUACCCUUUUGAUGGUUGUAAUGAAAAUGUAAUGUAGUUAUCACCUAAAGUUAAUGUUUAU